AUGGGAUUCUUCAAGGACACUGGGUCCAGAUUUGCACACAGCGAGAAGAAAGACUCACAGGCCAAGUCUGGCUCUCUUGCGAACUCCGACCGCAAGAUGAGUAGCCCAGUCAACAACUUGAACAAGGGAGUCGCCGGAUUGAGUGUGGUUGAUGAGAAUCCUACCUCCCCUACAACGACCAACACAAGGCUCAAUAGUUUGAGCUCCAAGAACAGCAACCCAACCUUGUCGAACAGCACAAGCCCCACCAACACGAACCGCAACCACUCCCGCCGAGGCACUGGAGAGAACGGGCUGAACUCCAAUGGCGUGAGCUCUGUACAGGGAAAGACCCAAGAGAGGUCGAAGUCGAAGUCUCGCACCGUUUCCUUCGCCAGUACUCCUCGCAUGUCAGCUUCUGACGACGAUGGUGGUUACAGCUCGGACGAACUGUCCAACGGUUCCUCCAACUACAGCGGGUCCUCCACGAACACUGCUCAGAGUACUCAYAACAACGCAAGCAACGACUACAGCUCUGCGAAGAAGAACGACAACAACGGUCGCUCCGCGAGCGGCAACAACAACAACAGCAACAACAACAGCAAAUCCAACUCGAACAACAGUCACCAGAGAACAGAUUCCAAGUAUGUGACGCGUGGAACCUCACCCACGAACAACAACUCGUCCUCGAACAGCAACAGCAAGCGUGAAACAACCAUUCCUACCGCGGGCGGUGAGAAGAUUGGUGGUGGACGCAACAAUGAUCAAGAAAGUUCAUCGGGAUAUUUCAACAAGUCGCACAACAACUCUAGCAACUACACUCAGUCUGCUGGCAACAACUCCUCAUCCAAUCAGGGCUCUUCCACCUCCGGCGGCAACACAUCGUCAUCAGGCACUCAGGGUUCGUCUUACGGUGGUGGAAACCAGUCUGGAUCUUCAGGCAGCGGUAACAAUUCCUCAUCCAAUACUGGUUCAUCAGGAUACGGUGGCAACAACCAGUCCUCAGGAUACGGUUCCGGCUCUGGCUCGGGGUCGACUGGAAACAACAACAACAACUCCUCAUCGAACACAGGCUCAUCUGGCUACGGUGGUAACAACCAGUCGUCAGGAUAUGGUGGUAACCAGGGCGGAUCCCAGUAUGGCGGCUCACAACAAGGCGGAUCCCAGUACGGUGGCAGCCAAGCUUCCAACAGCGGUUCUGGAUACGGUGGUGGCAACUCGUCUUCCAACACUGGAUCAUCGGGAUAUGGCGGCAACAACCAAUCCUCUGGCUACGGCAGUGGUGGCAACAACUCUGGCGGCGGCGGUGGCUACGGUGGAAACAACAGCAGCUCAGGAGGCUACGGCAAUGACCGAUCAUCUACUGGCAUCGAGCAGUACAGCAGACCUGAGGAAAGAUCAGCCUACGGAGAUGGCCAGCGCGCCGCGCGGGAACACGACCACAGCAGCGGCAACCCUCRCCCACAUUACAACUCUGCCAACAGCGGAUAUGGCUCGUCAUACGGCGGUAGUCAGUAUGGCGGAAGCCAGGCCGGAGGAUACGGUGGAUAUGGCAACAACAACAACAACAACAACAGCAACAACAACCGCACUCCAGGUUUCUCAACAGAACGCAAGCUUGAUGUUGCGUAUGAGGCCGGUUACAAGGACGCCAUGGAGAAGAUCAAGGCCGACAUGAUGAGGUAUUAG